GUGAUCUCAGAUACUCUCUUUUGUAAUCAUCAUUUCCAAUGCAAACUCUCCUUCUCUUCCCUUCCUUAUCAUCUUCUUCUUCCUGUACAGUGUUAUUUCGCCUUUCCUUGUCUUUUCUUUGAGCAUUUUCUUCCGUUAACAACACCUUUAAUCUCCAUUUCCUCAAGUUUACUCUGUUCUAUACUAUUCAUCUUCAUACACUACUAGUAUUUCUUAAUCAGAUACCAACCCCAGCUAGAAGCCUAGGACACUCCCCUUCUUUUGAUCAGGUUUCUCAAUAUUCUGGAAUUCUAUUCAAAUCCCUCCUAGGAGUCUUCAUGCUUUUAUUCUUUCUGGAACUUUUGGCUAGAAGGGAAGUUUGGUGAAGAAUAUACUCAAUAUAGCAAUCUGCAGCCUGCAAGUCUAUCAGCCAUUGUCCUGCUUAUGUGAGAAUUAGACUACUGGUACUUCUCAGAAGUUCUGUUGGUAUUUUGCACAACGGCUGUCUGUUUGUCUUCAGCUACUCCAACCAAAGAUGGAAGCCCAUGUCAAUAAUGGAGAUCCUUUCUGGCUUUGUCCCCCUCUUGUCUAAUAACUAUUUUGUCCUCUCCUAUUUCCAAUAUGACCUCAAGAAAAAUUUCUCUGUCCCUCCAAAUUUUAACCACAUUCUUGGUUUUCUGUUUACUUUUUCUCCCUUCUCUGCCCCAAAGUGUAGAAAUUCAAGCCCUUCUUGAUUUCAAGGAUCAUCUGGAUGACCCCUUCAAUCAUUUGGAGUCUUGGAAAGAUUCUAACUCUCCUUGUCAAUUUUAUGGAGUUUCUUGUGAUCAAAAUACUGGUCUGGUCACAGAAAUUUCACUUGAUGGCAAGUCCUUAUCAGGGGUGAUAUCUCCACUAAUAUCUCAGCUCCAAAGCCUCACUUCUCUACGGCUGCCAUCAAAUAUGCUAUCAGGCAGUCUUCCAAGUGAACUCACCAACUGUACCAAUCUCAAAGUCCUGAAUGUUACUGGGAACAACAUGAAUGGCAGCCUUCCUGAUUUGUCCAGGUUGACAAAAAUGGAGGUUCUUGAUUUGUCCAUAAACUACUUCUCUGGGAAAUUUCCAACUUGGUUUGGGAAUUUGACUGGAUUGGUUUCAUUAGGCCUCGGUGAUAAUUCGUAUGAUGUGGGUGAAAUACCGGAUACCUUUGGAAACUUGAAAAACUUGACAUGGCUUUACCUUGCUGGUUCAAAUUUAAUAGGAGAAAUCCCUGAAUCAAUAUUUGAACUUGAGGCUUUGGGAACACUGGAUAUUUGCAGGAAUCAGAUUUCUGGGAAUUUCCCAAAGUUGAUAAGUAAGCUUCGAAAUCUGUGGAAGAUUGAGUUGUUUCACAACAAUUUGACUGGAGAACUCCCAGUAGAAUUGGCAGAGCUCAACCUUUUACAGGAAUUUGAUAUUUCUGCAAACCAAAUGUAUGGAACACUGCCUCCAGAAAUUGGCAAACUGAAAAAAUUAAUAGUGUUCCAUUUGCAUAUCAAUAACUUCUCUGGAGAAUUCCCUGCUGGUUUUGGAGAUAUGCAAUUUCUCACAGCCUUAUCCAUCUACACGAACAGAUUCUCAGGGCCAUUUCCAGAAAAUCUUGGCCGGUACUCGCCACUGAAUAGCAUAGACAUAUCUGAAAAUCAAUUCUCUGGUGGAUUCCCCAAAUACUUGUGUCAAAAUGGAAAUUUACAGUAUUUGCUUGCUUUACAGAACAAUUUUUCUGGAGAACUACCUGACACUUAUGAUGAUUGCAAGCCUUUACAGAGGUUGAGGGUCAAUCUCAAUAGGCUGUCAGGGAAGGUCCCGGAUGGCUUUUGGGGACUUCCUUCUUUACAGAUGUUGGAUUUCAGUGAUAAUGAUUUCAGUGGUGGAAUAUCUCCAGCUGUUGGAUUUGCUACCCGCUUGAAUGAGUUGGUACUAACAAAUAAUAGAUUUUCUGGUGAUCUCCCGAAAGAACUUGGCAAAUUGGGACUACUGGAAAGGCUUUAUUUGAAUAACAACAACUUUUCUGGCCUCAUACCAUCUGAACUUGGAGCCCUGAAGCAGAUUUCGUUUUUACAUUUGGAAGAAAACUCCCUUGGGGGUUCUCUACCAGCAGAGUUGAGUCAAUGCUCAAGGCUGGUUGACAUGAAUUUGGCAUUGAAUGUUUUAUCUGGAGUUAUACCUAAUACUUUGGGCUCUAUGAUCUCCUUGAACUCCCUGAAUCUUUCAAGUAACAAACUAACUGGCAUGAUUCCAAGAAAUUUGGAGAAACUGAAGCUUUCCUUGAUAGAUCUAUCUGAUAACCAGUUGGUUGGAGUCGUCCCAUCUGACUUGUUGAGAAUGGGAGGGGACAAGGCAUUUACUGGAAAUGCUGGUCUUUGCAUUGAUGAAAGCUCCAGAAUCUCAGUGAACUCGAGGUUGAACAUUUGCAGCAGAAAGAUGGAGCAGCAAAAAUUUAUCAAAAACAAGUUAUUUAUUACCUGUUUCAUACUAUUUGGAAUAGUUAUAAUUUUAGCUGGCUUAUUGCUUAUAAGUUACUGGAAUUUUAAGCAGAAUCAAACUGACAUUGAGAGCCCUUUGGGGGAUGGAAAGAAACUGGAUUCAAGAUGGAAGCUAGAAAGUUUCCAUCAAAUUGAGAUUGAUGCAGAUGAAAUAUGUCAGUUGGAUGAGGAAAAUUUGAUUGGAACUGGAGGUACAGGAAAAGUUUACCGUCUUGAUUUGAAGAAAGGCUCUGGUACAGUGGCUGUGAAGCAACUGUGGAAGGGUAAUGCAGUGAAGGUCUUGACCAGGGAAAUGGAAAUAUUGGGAAAGAUCAGGCACAAGAAUAUAGUAAAGCUCUAUGCAAGUAUGACUAGAGGGUGUUCAAAUUACUUGGUACUUGAGUACAUGGAAAAUGGUAAUCUCUUCCAGGCACUUCAUCGGGAAAUCAAGAUUGGGCGGUCAGAAUUGGAUUGGUACCAGAGGUACAGAAUUUCCCUUGGAGCUGCAAAAGGGUUAGCAUAUCUACAUCAUGAUUGUUCCCCUAGUAUCAUUCACAGGGAUAUAAAAUCAACCAACAUUCUACUUGAUGAGGAUUAUGAAGCGAAAAUUGCUGACUUUGGUGUUGCCAAAACUUCUGAUGCUUCACAGGCAUCUGAAUUCAGUUGUUUUGCAGGCACUCACGGUUACCUUGCUCCAGAAAUGGCGUAUACACUCAAAGUCACUGAAAAGAGCGACGUAUACAGCUUUGGCGUAGUGUUACUAGAACUGGUAACAGGUAGAAAGCCGAUUGAGGAUGCCUAUGGGGAAGGGAAAAACAUAGUUUACUGGGUGGCAACUCAUCUGAGUGAUCGUGAAAAUGUGCUCAGAGUACUUGAUCCUAAGAUAGUUUGUGACCUUGUUCAGGAUGAUAUGAUAAAGGUCUUGAAGACAGCAACACUUUGCACCGACAAGCUGCCAAAUCUGCGGCCGAGUAUGAGAGAAGUUGUCAAAAUGCUUAUUGAUGCUGAACCUAUCACCUUUAGGUCUCCAGACAACUGCGAAAAGAAUGCAAAGAUUUUGCUGUAAGUUUCAAGCAAUAUGUCAAGUAUAGUGUAAGUAGGAUAGAUGUCAGUAGAUUGUAAAAGGUCUUAUGAACUUUGGAUGUUUCAAAUAUGGUGAAAACAAAGUAGUUAAUGAGUUCUUUCCUCGUCUCUAGAGUCUCUCUUUAUUUCUGGGGAUUUUGAAACAUUAUGCUAAAAAGCUAGUAAUUCUUGACGCUGUAUUGUUUGUGGUACAUGGUAUAAAGGUUGUAAUUUAUUGUUUUGUGCCUAAUCAAAUUACUUUCUUAUAAGUUUUGACUGAAAA